UUUAUAAAUUUGCCAAAGUAACUGCAGUUUCACUUACAGACUAAUAAAACAUGAUGAGAAUUGAGUCAUGGAUAAUCAUCACUACAAUCUGUGCAACUCUGUUCCAGUCGUUUUUAACAACAAAAUCUGUCCCUGAAGCUCAUAAAAUCAUCAAUUUACCGGGCCAACCACAUGUCAGUUUCCAUCAGUAUGCAGGACAUGUAACCAUUGAUGAGAAGCAACAAAAAGCUCUCUUUUACUACUUCGUUGAAGCGGAAACGAAAGUGGCUUCAAAACCACUUGUUCUUUGGUUAACUGGAGGGCCUGGUUGUUCUUCCAUUGGAAGUGGAGCUUUAAUGGAGAAUGGUCCUUUCAGACCAAGUGGAGACAUAUUGAUCAGAAAUGAAUAUAGCUGGAACAAAGAAGCAAAUAUGUUGUACCUGGAGUCACCUGCAGGAGUUGGUUUCUCCUACCAUGCUAAUAAAUCUUUCUACAAUUCUGUGAAUGACGAGAUCACAGCUCGAGAUAAUCUAGCAUUCCUGAAGAGCUGGUUCACCAUAUUCCCCGAAUACAAAAAAAGAGAUUUUUUUAUCACAGGGGGGAGCUAUGCAGGCCACUAUGUCCCACAACUAGCACAACUCAUACUUCAAUCCAACAUGAGGUUCAAUCUCAAGGGAAUAGCAAUAGGAAAUCCUCUGCUUGAAUUCAACACUGAUUUUAACUCGAGAGCUGAAUACUGGUGGUCUCAUGGACUGAUAUCAGAUUCAACCUAUGAAGCUUUCACCUCACUGUGUAACUUUUCUCAGAUUUUUAGAAGCCAAAGCAUUCAAAAUGUUCCACUUUCUCCUGUUUGCUCUAAAGUAGCGACGGAAUAUUCAAGAGAAGUUACCAAAUUUAUUGACAUUUACGAUGUUACUCUUGAUGUUUGCUUACCCUCCAUUGUUUCUCAAUCUAAGAUGCUGAAUAAACUGCAUGACAAAUGGAACAUAGAUGUCUGUGAGGAAGACGAAAUAACUAAAUACCUGAACCGAAAAGAUGUGCAGGUGGCUCUCAAUGCUAAGCUUAUUGGAGUCUCAAGAUGGAAUAUCUGUAGCGAUGUCAUCAACUAUGAGUUGCAAAAUCUGGAAGUACCCACCAUCCAUCUUCUAGGCAUGCUAGCCAAAUCUGGCAUCAGGGUCUUGGUUUACAGCGGGGACCAAGAUUCAGUUAUCCCACUAAUUGGAACCAGGAAAUUAGUAUAUGAAUUGGCAAGAGAAGUGGGACUGAAAAUAACAGUGCCUUACAGACCCUGGUUUGAAGGAAAACAGAUAGCUGGUUGGACACAAGUUUACGGAGACUUUUUAUCUUUUGCCACCGUUAGAGGAGCUGGGCACGGAGUUCCAUUUACACAGCCAGAGAGGUCACUUGUCCUGUUUAAGGGAUUUCUAUCAGGAGAGCCGCUACCAGAAGCAUAGCUGUGAAUUGAGUUGACCAAAUUCAUGAUGAAUGUAAUGAAGGUUAAAUCAAUACAUAAUGUCAAUGAAUUUGUGAGAAAAUGUUGUUGGAGCAGUUGAUCAUUCACAAUGUUUAUUGCUCAAAAAUGUUAUUUAUAAAAUAAUAGUGGUAACUACUUUAAUAAAUACUAAUGUCACCAAUAAAUAAACUA